AUGGAUGCAGCAUCAAGCUGGAAGAUGUCCACUGAGGCAGUGAUUCGUAAAAACAACGUAACCAAGGCUUCUACCUCAAAGAACCCUAAGAUGAAUAACAAGAAACCAGUUGCUUAUUUGUCUGAGUCUUUCAACUUUUGGCACAAACAUUUAGGACAUGUCAAUUCAAGUCUACUUGACAAGGCAGCUUUGGAUAAAAGAAUUGGUUAUCACCCUGAGUGUGCUCCAUUAGCUCUUACACACCUGUGUUUUGCUGAUGAUCUGUUGGUGUUUGUGGAAGGGGAAAAGAACUCCAUUGUAGAAGCUCUAGCGGUAUUUGAUGAUUUUGCUAAACACUCUGGUCUCCGCAUCAGCAUUGAAAAGUCCACGGUUUAUAUGGCAGGGAUCACAGCUGCAGUUCGAGAGGACAUCCUUUCUGAAUUCCCUUUCGAACAAGGAGUGUUACCUGUUCGCUACUUAGGACUACCUUUGACGACAAGGAAGAUGACAAAAACGGAUUACAUACCUCUGCUGGAAAAAAUUCAGCUGAAGAUAAACACAUGGACUGCGAGAGCCCUCUUAUUUGGGGAUCGCUUGCAGUUAAUUCGCUCAGUAUUUUAUAGUCUAAUCAAUUACUGGAUGGCCGCUUUCCGUCUUCCCAAGGCCUGUAUACGAGAAAUCGAUAAGAUAUGUGCAGGAUUUUUAUGGUCUGGACAAGAGCUCAACGGACAAAAGGCUAAAGUUGCAUGGGAUAUUGUAUGCUCACCAAAAAAGGAAGGAGGGUUGGAUCUGAAACCUUUAGACGAAGUGAACAAGAGACUCUCUGUGGGUCAGUUGGAUACACAAGCAUCUGAUCAAGCAAACUACCUUCUGGGCGGUGAAAGACACAACCAGUUUAGGGUCAUGGAUAUGGCAAAAGAUCUUGAAGUAUCGGGAGAUGGCAAAGGAGGCUGCAUCGAUUUGGGUAUCUCCAUAAACGCCACACUUGGAAGUGCUAUGGAGGGUACAAGGAGAAGGAGGCAUCGUAACACCCUUCUACAGCAAAUAGAGGAGGAAAUACGAGCCAAAAAGGGGACACACGUGAUCACGAGGAGACAGAUAUCCCAAUGUGGCGGGUAA